UUUUCUCUUGCUUAUACGAGUACAACAUUCCCCCGGGGCAGUCUUUCCUUUUGGGCUCCGACAGCAGAGACCCUUUUAGGUCGCGAAUUACCCACUGAUCCGUCAUAAUAGGUUGGUGGGUGAAAUUGGACGAUCGUUUGUUCUUUGGGUCAACGACAAACCGUUCCUCUCUGGUGCCUGACGUGGAGAACUCCAUGCGCUAAAUCAACCAUCCAUUUUUCUGCUCGCUCCUUUUUUUAGCCUGGCAUUCCUCCACUGGUUUUCAACAUUUCUCCAAGCUGAGAGCCCGUCAUUCAGCUCGCUCUGCCGUUUAUUCGUGCUCGUUCCUGGACUUGCCGAUAUCAAUCCCGCCGUCAGCAUGUCCGACGAUGAGGCCGACCCCGAGUUGCUCGCUCUCCUUCGGAAAUCCCUAGGUUUGGGUGGGGGGCCGGCGAACCCUCAGGCCGCGGAGACUAAGGUUCUAGAGAAUGCGCAGUAUGUCUUCGACAAUGCCAUCGACGUUGCCUUGACCCCCGCCAGCGUCAAAGCCGCCGCCGAAACCAUCUGGCGCCAGAUGCAGAAGAAAGGCUACUCCACGCAAACAUGGUCGCAACAUGAAUUGCACCCAAAGACCAAGGACGAGGCCACCGUCGAUUUCGUCUUCACCAUGGACCUACUCAAUUUCAGUUUCUGGUCCGAGCUGCCGGAUGAGAAACGCUUUGCCAUCGAGUAUCGCGGACGGAAGUGGACUGGCUACUGGAGUUUAGUCGCCGCAUUGCAAAGGGCCUUGGAUGAAGAGAUCCCAAUUACCACUCCCGAAUUCUGGGCCAACGAGGAUGAAUGCACCGAGUCGUUGCUGAGGCACGUCUUCCGAUCUGCAACUGACGAGGAAAUUCCCUUGCUCAAAGAGCGACUUGAAUGUCUGCAAGAGGCAGGCCGUGUCCUUUGUAAGGACUUUGAUGGAAGCUUCUUGAACUGUAUCUAUAGUUCUAGCCGUUCGGCCGCUGCUCUCGUGAAUCUUCUGGCCGAGAACUUCCCCUGCUUCCGUGACGAGACCAGCUUCCAGGGACGACGGGUGCGUCUGUACAAGCGGGCCCAGAUUCUCAUCGCCGACUUGUGGGCUUGCUUCAAUGGCGAGGGCUUCGGUGAAUUCCACGACAUCGACAAAAUCACCAUGUUCGCAGACUACCGAAUCCCUCAAAUGCUGCACCAGCUUGGCUGCCUCAGAUACUCACCUCCUCUCGAGAGCCAUAUCCGCAACCAGAAGGUCAUCCCCAGCGGCUCGACGUGGGAGGUGGAAUUGCGCGCAACGAGUAUCUGGUGUGUCGAGCUGAUCCGGCGCGAGAUUGAACUACGACAUCCCGAGGCCAAGACGUUACUGGUCCCAGCCCCGGUUGACGACGCCACGUCAGACGGCCCUUCUCAGCAUUUACAGGCCCCUGCCACGCAAGACGAACAAGAGAAAUGCAGCACUCAAAAGCGUCGCAACAAGAGCGUGCACGAGACCAAGGGCCCGGGUCUCAACGCAAUCCUCAUAGACUUCUUCCUUUACGACACGAUGAAAGAGCUGGAAAGCGACGGACAGGAGUCGAUUCCCCAUCAUCGAACCCGGAGUAUCUGGUACUAGACCUAGACUUUUGUUCAUCCCUUUCUCCCUGGUUGCUCUUAUACCCUUGCUGCUUCUUAUUUAUGGAUAUGUGGAUAAAUGUUUUGUGUCUUAUUGCAUUGGGGGUUCUUAUAGACAGUGAUACCAAUUUUUGCUUCUGCGCGCUGGUAGCAGCGACGAACUUCUUGGAUAUGAAGGUCUCGGUCUAGAUCGAGCUGUUUUCGCUUUUGUCUAUCUCUGGCAGCUAGACU